AUGGAGCCCGGCGCGGCCCCCGACCUCCGCGACGUCGAGCAGAAGCUGGGGCGCAAAGUGCCCGAGAGCCUGGCGCGGCCGCUGCGCGGGGAGGAGCACCCGGGCCGCGCAGCCGCCGCCGCCGAGCCUGCUCAUAUGCACCUUCCCUGUAGUGGUGCUGUGCUCUACCUUAAACUCUGUGGAAACUAUUCUGGAAUACCUAUAUUAACUAUGAUCCAAUCCAUUCAGAUUAUUUCUGAAGUGCACCUGUUACUGUGCAUAACAAAUGAAGCUGUCAAAUGUAAUGAGAUUGUGUUGUUUUUAGACCCUCUGAUUGACCCCUUUUGGAACAUACUCGUUAACUCUAACAGACAAAUUAAUCUCCGUGCCACUGAUGUGAAACUUAUGCGACAACUACUCAUCAUCAAUGAAAGUAUUGAAUCAAUCAAGUGGAUGAUUGAAGAGAAAGGCAUUGCCAGCAGAGGGAGCAGUUUGAGUGGCAGCCUGUGCAGCUUAUUGGAAAGUCAGGACACAUCCUUCCAUGGCAGCUGUAGCAGUUUACAGGACUGUAGUGAUGGUCUGGAUGGAAUAUCAGUGGGAAGUUACUUGGACACUUUAGUUGAUGAUGUUCCUGGUCACCAAACACCUUCUGAUGUAGACCAGUUCAGUGAUUCUUCUAUUAUGGAAGACUCACAUAAGCAUCCCAAAAUUGAUUCAGAUGAGUACUACUGUUUUGGUUAAUAAAAGCAAGUUCCAGUGGGACAUUCA